GUGACAACUCGCCAAUCGGGUCACUUCGCAGACGACGGCAAGGCCAACUGGAAGUGCCUGGCACAAGCCGCGACGGAGUCUUUGGGCCGGGGAAACACACCAGCCUACUACAGCGUCAUGGCAUGCGUCUCUGCCAUUAAAAACGAACGCCCACUAUACAAGGCUUGUCCCAAUGAAUCCUGCAACAACAAAAAGAUGUUCGACCAGGACGCUGGAGACUACUACCUCUGCGAGAAAUGCAUAAGCUUGACAAAGAACUUCAAAUGGUAUCCUCACAUUCAGGCGAAGCUCGCGGAUUAUAGCGGUGAACAGUGGAUAACCUGCUUUGGAGAACAAGCCGAACGGCUGAUCGGAGUACCUGCAAACACCUUGGGCGAGUUGUACGAGGCAUCUGGCCCUAGCGACAGUAGAUUGGAAGACACCCUCGAGGACGUCACCUUCAAGAAAUUUAUCUUCAGGCUACACACGAAGAAGGAUGUCUAUAAUUGGGUGCCCGGCGGCGGUGGGAACCUCUGCCUGUUGCUCAGCUUAGAGGGAAGAGAAGACGAGAAAAAAAAAGACAUGAACAGGAUCACGAUCUGA